AUGUCAUGGCGGUUAGUCAUCAGCUUUAUGCAUGCUGACAAGGUAUUGGGUGGUCCUGUGGGUGGUGGACCCAUGCGAGAAGUUUAUCACCCUUCUGGGAAUAUGCUUGUCGACGAUGACCUAACAGAUUUGGAACUGGACUUGUUGUGCGGUACAUACAUUUGUCACACAGGAGAAGGUCCCGUCGUAGCAUACAAAUCUUGGUUUCCACCAGCUAUUUUGUUUGAGAAAAGAGACUGCGCGGAAAACUAUGGCCGAUGGACUGAGUACCGGGAAGCCAGAUAUAGGCGUCGUCUAUUGGAUAUAGAGCAACAUGGAGCUCAACCAGAGCCUGUGUCAAGAUGGCGGGACCAGUUGAGGGGUUUCAAAGAGACGCGCUCCCUCAAUCAAAACAUGGAAAAGCUGGCACUUAACUUCUUGAACGAGCAUCAUCCUGACAUGGCACACCUCACAUGUGAAUGGAUUUCAAAAGAAAAAUAA